AUGGCUUCCACCAUGGUCACCACCGGCAAUUUCCCGGUCCCGGUCCCGACAGCUCAAGCACUCAGCAUCACCAUCGACCCGGUCAGGCUCAGGUGCGACCGCAUGAUAGCGGAUAUGACGGACCCACACUGGACACCCAGCGAUGCGAACAAGCACACGGAUGCCGCUAGGGUCCACCAUUUCGCGCGCAUGAUCCCACGCAACCACAGCCCCUUCAUCAACGUCAUUGAGGUCAUGAGCUACGGCUGCAAGAUAGCCGUGACCAAGGACGACGAUGCGAAGUGGGCCGCCCUUCUAAAAGUCAUGGUCAAGUCCACUCCACCCAUCGAUCCCAUCUGGAUCAUGGACAUCUUCGAGGUAUUUGCCAACAACAUGCCGUUCAUGUGGGAGAUCGUCAAUGUGCUGGUCUCAGUCCCUCAAGCUGUCAUUCAUUUUGCCACGUUUGUUCAAAAGCAUGCGGGACAAAGCCGGAUCGCGGACCUAGGUAAAGUCAAGGAAUCCUUACGCCACUUUGUCAGAUCCUGGACCAUCCGCACACCUGGUGAAGACCCCCUCGUCGUUUCUCUGGAGCCAACGGGGAAGCAGAGUAAGGGGCAGCUGGGCUUCAAUUCGCUCUGGACAGCACACCUUCUCACUCCCCGAGAGAGACUCGAGGAGUUCGAGAGGGAGCCAAACCACUUCUGUACCCAGGUCCAGCUCAGCCUGACGACCAUUGACGCUAACUCGUGGCCUACCAUGGUAUAUAGCGAAGACACGCCGUACAACCCCGACAACCGUGUUCAAGGAUUCUUCGAGAGCGAGUUGCUCAUUGGUGUGUAUCGCUCUCUCUUCACCGGACAUCAAACUGCUUUCGGGCCCCCUGCCAUCACUGGAAAGGGACGCGCGUCCAUCUCCAGGGAAUACGGCCUUUCUUACGUGACUCGUGAGAGGAUUGCGUACAUUGCUACCAUGGUGCGUUUCGCUCUCAGCGACACAGCAGUUUGGUGCGACCUGCAGGGCGCUUUCAGUGGGAAGGCAUUCUACGAUCUCAUUGUCGAUAUACUCGACCCCCAGACCGUCUUAGGUGCUCAGAAGCUCGCGUUCUGGCAGAGGAAGGUGUACGGCGGCCAAACAAGCUUCGACCAGGGGAGCUCUGCCACGCCUGCUUUGAAGCGCGCCGAUGGUUUCGCCAACGAGGCGGAACUCAUCAAGGCUCAGUUCGCGCAGCAGCUCGUCGCGCAUGAGGACGAUAGGUCAACCUCCGGGCCCAUCUAG